AUGUAGGACCUUAUAAAUAUUUGCUAAAAUUUAUUAUUUGUUUUUAUAAAGAAAGAAAACUAUUUACAUUUAAUUUGUUAAGUAGAGUAAAUAGGUUUGUAAAAUGUUUUUAAUGGAAUAUUUAAUUUUAUCAUGUUUGUUUUAGGAUUAUUUCUCUAUCCAUUCACUUUUAUCUAUCGAAAAUGUAGCUAAAUUUUAAAUAAAAUUUAUAUUAAUUCAUUAGAAACCAUCUUGAGUUUUUUAGUUGCAUAUUUAUUUUGUAUCAAAAUUUUAGUUAGGAUUAAUAUAUACUUUUUUCUAAUCUCACUAAGAAGAUAAAUAUUAUUUUCACUCAUAACCGAUUGCAUCUACAACAAAGUUAGCUGUGUCUAUGAGAGCCAAAGGGAAAAGUACUUAGUUAUCUACGUAAAGAUCAAGUGA